AUGCUUCGCUUUAAACUGGAACCACAGUUCUCGUCGUCGUGGACUGAACGUUUGGCAGACCGAUUCCGUUUCAGACAGGGCACUUAUCACAUCCCCGUCCUGGGCGCCGAUGAAGGGAAUGUGUCCCAUUUGGACACACCAGUACCACAAGAUGCCGGUCUUCAAGUACCUCUCAAACCUCAGAAGCCAGUAUGUCAACAGAAUUUCAAGUCUCGACUAUUACAACUCCCACCUGAGCUGUUGAUCGAUGUCAUGCUCCAUUUGCCGUAUAGCUCCCUCUAUAUGGUCCGCCAAACCUGCCAGGUCCUGCGUAACCUGACCGACGACUUUCAGUUCGAAUGGUUCCAGUGGGAAAUUCUGCAGCAUGAGCAUGUGGAUUCCUGGACUACCACACCUGGGUACUGGAAGAAAGACUGA